AUGUCAUCUCCAAAAGAACAGAAAACUACACAUACUCAUGAACAUGGACAUUCUCAUUCGCAUGGUGACCAUGGGCAUACUCAUGAACAAUUGGAUCAUCCUGGUAAAUUCACCGAAAGAGAAAUGCCGAAGUUUUCUAAUCCUCUUCGAGAUAAUUACUCUAUUGCGGCAGUUACGAAUGAUAUAUUUACUCGUGAAGAUACAGAAUUCCUUGUUCGUAAUAAUGCAUUACCAAUGGAACGAAUUCAAGAUAUUUCUGCUAACAUGAAUGCUUUAGAAGAACUUCAUGCAAAAUUCUAUGCUCAAAUAUUAUUAGUGGAAAGUGGUGGUGAUAAUUUGGCUGGCGAUAAAAUUCCUCGUAAAGGUGGACCUGGUAUUACACAAUCCGAUCUUUUAAUUAUUAACAAAACGGAUCUUGCAGAAAUUGUCGGUGCCGACUUAGGUGUUAUGGAAAGGGAUGCACGUAAAAUGAGGUAA